UGCGUAACUCGUGUUAUUUUGUAAAUAUGUCUUCCUUCUUCACAAAAUGAACUACAACUCUGACGUAGCUACCGUCCUAUACAUAAUAACGCUGGUUCCGUUUGUGUUGCUGGUCACGUGUAUCAUGCUUGCGUGUUGCUGGGACAGGUUUGGAUGUAAAAAGAAGGCAGACAGUGGGCAGAGACCGACAAUCAAUGACAGACUUUAUUUUGUAAGUAAUGAAGUGAAUGGAUUAUCUAUAUGUGAUCCGCCACAGUCCCCUGCAACUGGCUACAACUCCUGUUACGAAGAUUCACCUCCACCUUAUAACGAGGUCCAAGCUUUAAGUGAGGAAGACAUACCGCACACAGCGUUCAUUAACCCUUUAACUAACCAAGAGUGGGUGUCAGCGAGUUCUAGCGUACACUGGGUAUGAUUCUACACCAAAACUGUCAACACAGAUUAUAACGAUACUAUAUUUACAGAUACUUGGCAAAAAGGGAUUGAUACGCUGAUUGAAAGAAAAAUGAUGGUCGAGAGUCCCAGCUCGCAUUCUUCUUCUUCUUCUUUCUGCUCAUUGUUGGGUUGUUUACUUUAACUAUUCACAUACUCUAUAUCAGAUAAAUAUAUAUGAGAUUGUGAAACUACUGACAGCUAUUGUAGGUGAUCACAUGAUUGUGUUCUCUAGAUAUAGCCGAAAAGUCUAAGUGAUACGACACUUCUGUAAAAAAUAUGUAAUCAAACCUAAGACAUCAAGAGGCCAAAACUUAACUAAACAACGUGGAAUGGGAAGUGAAAAUCAAAACAUUUUUCCCGUUUGGAUGACAUUGUACUUAUGCUGUUGUACCAAUGGAGUUAUAGAUGUAUAGAUAUUUUAUACAACAAAAAAUCAUUAAUUUGAUUAUAUUCUGAAUCUUGUUCAUGAUAUUCAUGUUGUUUCAGGAUGUUGAAAAACUGUGAUAUUUAUAUAUAUAUAUUAAUGUACUAGUAAAUAUUUAAUUUAAAAUACAUUAUAUUCUUGAA